AGAGGGCCGAUAUGAAGGCAUGCAGUGUGUUCCUGUUUAUUCUGUCAUCAGGGCUGUGCACGCUUUGUGUGUCCCCCUCUGGUCACUACCAUUUUGUCGACAUUCAGAAGUCCUGGUCUGAAGCUCAGAGUUACUGCAGAGAAAGGUACCUUGAUCUGGUCACCAUCCGCAACACAGAGGACAUGUACUGGCUUAAUAACUCGGUAAAAACUGGUUUUAAUGGCAAAGCCUGGAUAGGGCUGCAUGAUGAGAACAGCUGGAGGUGGAAUCUGGAAGAUCCAGCUUUCUAUGGUCAAGGGGAGACUGAGUACAGGAACUGGAACCCUGUGGAACCAAAUAACAAUGGUGGAAAUGAGCUCUGUGUGGAGAUAAGAAUGCCUGGAAACUGGAACGACAUUCCAUGUAACAUUCAGCAACGCUUUGUUUGCUAUGACGGAAGAAGAAUGGCCAAUCAGUCCCUUGUUCUGGUUAAUGAAUUAAAAAAUCAAAGCUCUGCAAGGCAACAUUGCAUCGACCACCACACAGACUUGGCAAGUGUGAGGAACCGGGCCGACGACCUGCUUGUACGGAAUGUGUCACGAGGUAACAAAGUCUACAUUGGUUUGUACAGAACCUGGUCCUGGUCGGACGGGUCCAACUCUUCCUUCACAUUCUGGACAUCAGGAGUUCCUAGUAAGAGUGGGUUUAACUGCAUGGCGUCUUGGUUUGGAGACUCAGGCAGAUGGACCGAUGAGAUAUGUACGUCCGCCUUACCGUUCUUCUGUUACAGUGGUGAGUUCAUCUGGGCUUCAGCGACAACUGACCCAACAAUUAAACUACAGACAACUGACCCAACAACUCUACUACCGACAACUGGACAAACAAGUCUACUAUUGGCAAUUAAAUCUGCAUCUCCACUACUAACAACGGAACCUACAAUUCAGAAACAGACAACGAAAUCUACAACUCCACUCCUGACAACUGGACCAAGAACUAAACUACAGACAACUGACACAACAACUCCACUACUGACAACUGAACCAACAACUCCACUCCUGACAACUGGACCAAGAACUAUAGUACAGACAAAUGACACAACAACUCCACUCCUUACAACUGGACCAAGAACUAAACUACAGACAACUGACACAACAACUCCACUACUGACACCUGGACCAGCAACUAAACUACAGACAACUGGACCUACAACUAAACUACAGACAACUGACCCAACAACUAUACUACCGAUAACUGGACAAACAAUUGAACUACAAAAAACUGAACCAACAACUCCACUAUGGAAAACUGAAUCUACAUCUCCACUACUGAAAAAUGAACCUAAAACUAAACUACAGACAACUGACCCAACAAUUCUACUACCGACAACUGGACAAACAACUCCACUAUUGGCAAUUAAAUCUGCAUCUCCACUACUAACAACUGAACCUUCAGUUCAGCAACUGAUAACAAAAUCUACAUCUCCACUGCUGACAAAUGAACCUAAAACUUCACUACUGAAAACGGAACUUACAACUCCACUACUGACAACUGAAUUUACAACUCCACUACUGACAACUGAACUUACAACUCCACUACUGACAACUGAACUUACAACUCCACUACUGACAACUGAACUUACAACUCCACUACUGACAACUGAACUUACAACUCCACUACUGACAACUAAACUUACAACCACCCAAGAUUGGACCACUGCACCUUCAAUAACCACAGACUGAAACUGCACAGUUGGUAAGUCCCACAUUGAAAUGAUGCCUGUGAUGGUA